GAAGACGAUAUGAGCUUGGGCCGCUGGUUGCGCAAAACACUACCGGGAAUAUAUACGAAGAGCAAGAGUAUUGCGGAUAGAUGUCGGGUAUUCGUGGACGCAGAGCUGACCACUCUGGUACUACAAUUGUACUACUAAUAGAUGCUACGAGUAGUAACGACUACCCCCAGCUCCAGCUGCACUAAGUACUAUAUAAUUCAAUACUCUUUUGAUUUUGAAGUCGAGUAAAGUAUAAUACUUGAGAAGCUGUAUAAGCAACUAGACAUUUUAUGGGAUACUAGUAACUAAGAACUGGACCUUUGGAGUACUCCUACUCUCUCCGAAUUUUCAGAAGAAACGGCGCCGAGGUAAUGACUUUGGCAGUGGAUACAGUGGGAUACUCAGCUCGGACAGAUGCAUAGACAACUUGCUCAAGUUCGUCGAAGAUUAUGGCCAGUCACACUCACAGUCUAUCUUUGCUCCACGGCGACGACCUAGUCCUAGGGUCCGUAUGCUUUUUUCAGAUACAGAUUGAGACAGUACUUCUAGUUCUAAAAGAAUUGUGCGCUUUGGUAUUGUACUAGGAUCACUCUCACUUCUCACUCUCAGAGUUGCGACGCUCUAACGUCAGGAAGGGAAUUUCUCAGGCACGACUGGAAAGAGCUCUUCACUGCUAUACGGGAUGAUUAUGGCUAUUGUCGAAGUCCAGCGACAACGAUUCUCAUGAAAUAUAGUUGAUCUUGAUUCUUUUUCUUCUUUUUUUUCAAUUCCAGAAAAAUACAAAAAGGUAUUCCAGUUCAUCUUUGUCUUCGCUCAUUUCAUUGUCAACAUGUUGAAUUAGCGAAAGAUGGAAAUGCUUACCAUGAGGCGGUCUCCGUUGCUCUGUGUAAGAAUUGCUCCAAACUUGACCAGGGAGUGUUAGAGGUGAAGUAAUAAGUGACCAUGGCCAAAGAUGACAACUGUACUCUCGCCACAAAAUUUGAUACGCACGCGGUAGCAGCUCUAUCUCUAACAAGGACAGGCAGGAGAUGCCCGAUUCCGACGCACAAGAGCAUCAAAAGGGAGCCGGGCGGUGGUAGUAAUACCUUCCUGGUGUCGUGGGUUUGGAUUUUACUCGGUGAUAAUAGAUCAGCAGAAAGCUCAAGACUCGGAAGGGAAUUUCAAUUCCACUGACCACUCCGGUCACUCUUAUACCAUGAUGGAUGAGUGUGUUCAUCUUCAUACAUGAUUGAAAUAUGAACAGGUGCGGCCAUCGUCUCCCGAAAUUAUUCACAACGACGCACAACUACUCACAGCGUUGGUGUGGUAAGCAUAUUAUUGUGCAUGUGGUGAUACCAGCAUUGCUUUCGCAAGUGGGAGACGUACAGUCACGCGAUAACGGGAAACCAAGCAUGUUUGAUGCUGUCGGCGAGCAAUGUACUAGCAUUAGCGCCGAUCCGUGUGGUGGAGCGCAUCACAAUCCUACUACUUGAUAAAGCUAUAAUUUGUAGUCUGGAAUUCGAUCAACAUUCAUUAAUCAACUUGUUCUUCAUGAUCUACUUUUUGUUCUACUUAUAGCUCCUGAACUUGAAGUAGACAGGACGAACGACUAUAAGCCAUAUGACAAAAAUUCUGACAAUAUUGACAUAUAUCACUACCUACAGAUCCAGACGGCUCACCUGAGACCGAUACUAUUGAAGGCGAAGACUUUGCUGAGGUACCGAAUUCGUUGAUAUCCGUGGCUCCAAGUGGCAAGGUUUCGAGCUUCACAGAAAGAGAAGCCGCGGAAACACCGUUUCCUGCUGAUGGUCAUAUGGCAGGCUAUAACUUAAUGUAGUAGUCUCACUUGUUCUGGUUCCGCGAGAUCCUGACCACCUCCUACUCAAGAUAGCAGCUAGACGACGGCCUCUAAAGAUAGGAGUCAUAGGUUGAAGAUGUCACCACUGCUUACUCUGAUUGCCUACACUGUUACUCGUCACUUCCCUUCUUCAUAAGUUUUUUCAAUUUACGCAGGGACGUUGUCGCAGACUUGAGAGAUAUCAUUGUUGUCGCGCAUCAACAACAGGACGAAGUGGUGAAUGGAGUAGUGGCAAAAUUAGAAGAGGUAUUUUCUGACAAAGUUUCUUCAGAAAACCUACAGCAGAUUAGAGCAUCCCAUCAAGAACAAAUGAAGGAGUUGCGUCAGGAUGUAAAAGAAUUUUUACAACUACAGCAGACAGUAAUAUCCCAGAAAAUACGGGAGUUGUGUCAAAAAGUAGAAAAAGUUUUCGAACGAGUGGAGCAACAUCAGCAACAGCAGAAAGCACAACCAGCGGCGUCGGCGGGAGAACAGAAAGUUAAGUACAAGCAGGACUCCUGACACUAGAAGAGCUAAAUCACCCGCCGCUGCAAAUCGAUAUGAAAAGCACUGCUAGGCACAAUGACGGUGUCCCCUUUGUGCCUCGCGGUACACUAGCGAAAAUACUGAGAGCACCGAACAUCUAUACCUCUAGUCUUACUUGUUGAAUGUCAAAAGCUUGACCAAGGCGACCUAAGUUUGCACUUGGACUGACGAGUCAAAGUCUGUAGCAGUGUGUAACGGUGGCGACAUCUCGUCUGCUGACAACACUACCAGGCGCUUAGAAGUGCUGCGCGUCUGUAAUAUUUUUAAUUUCCUUCCAUUUCUUUGAUGGGCCGGACUUCUUCCUUUUUCAUGGGUAUUAAGCUAACACAGUGAGACUUCUAAUGUUGGUGCUGCAGCUGGAGGCACAACCGGCGGGAGAAACCAGCCCGACGUGAUCUCGGACCGGACUGGGGAAACGAAGAAGAGCGCCGCGCCCAGGCUCCGCCCCCUCGGUUCCACUAUGGAAGAGUACUGAGUACAUUUUUGCAGGCUGACAGUAGAUUGAUUCUCGUUAGUGUCUUCCAGUAGUGUCCAGCUGUCCUUCUGUCCAGCUGUCCUUCUGUCCAGCUGGCCCCCUGUCCAGCUGUCUUGUCGUCGAGCUGUCCUCCUGUCCAGCUCGCUGCCCUUCUGUCCCGCUGUCCUUCCGUCUGAUGGUCUUGCCUCCUGUCCACCUGUCUUUGUCCUUCUGUCCGUCCAGCUGUCCCCUUGUCCAGCUGUCCUCCCGUCAGUCCACGCCGCAUUUUGACGCAAAACACUCGCACAGGCUCACUGGAUGCGCUAUGGGCUUUUGGGGUAGCGUGCAAAGAGUCGCCCAGCCUGGAGCCCAUUAGCUACUAGAGUCAAGUCCCAGGCGCUUUCGCGUGGUGGUGGGUUUUUGGAUGUGCCGGAGGUCCGCGCUCUUGGUUUGCUCGCCGAGUGUUGCGCCUUGCUUGCUGCGAUGGAGUGGCAAUUGUCCACGGUGUCCCCGUGUCCACGGUGUCCACGGUGUCCCCCUGCCCUCCCACGGUGUCCCCCUGUCCUUCCACGGUGUCCCCCUGUCCACGAUGUUCCUCUGUCUAUGGUGUCCCUCUGUCCAUGCAUGGUGUCCCGCUGUCUGUCUUCGGGGGCCGGCGCCCCUCUGUCUUCGGUGUCGCUCUGUCUUCGGUGUCCUUAGGCCUUCGCUGUCCCUCUGUCUGCGGCGUCCGCUGUCCUCGGUGUCACUCUGUCCGCGGUGUCUCUCCGGUGUCUUUCUGUCUUCGGUGUCCCUCUGUCUUCGGUGUCCCUCUGUCCUCGGUGUCUUUCUGUCUUCGGUGUCCUUCUGUCUUCGGUGUCUUUCGUUCUGUCCUCGGUGUCCCCUCCAUCUGCUUUCGGAUUCGGUGUCCUUCUGUCGUCGUUCUUGUCCCUCUCUCUGUCCUCGCGAGCCGGCGCUUCCCCUCUGUCCGCGGUGUCUUUCUGUCUUCCGUGUCUCUACGCUGAACCGCUUCGAAGCAGAGGUUGGGCUUUAUUUUUAAAAACGGCACAGGGGAGGCCGGGAGGGUUUUCUAUUAGUUCUCUCUGGUUGGUGGCGGGCUCGUGGUUGGAGUAGGUUGGGAAGGAGUUCAGGCCGGCUCUUGGUCUUGUGUCUGGCGUGUGUGCGGGGCAGGGGUCUUGGAGGCGCUGGGGAGGGUGGCCUGGCCUUGUUUGGCUUGCUUGCUCUUGCUCGAGUCGCUCUCGGGGUUUGCUGCUGCGCUGGGCCUGGUGUGUUGCUCUGGGGCCGGCUCGAUCGUCUUCGUGAAGGUUUGCCUUCAGUUUCGACGGAGCUCGCCUGCGUAGGCUGCACUGCUGCGGUUGUCUCUCUGUCUUCGGUGUCACUCUGUCUCCGGUGUCCCUCUGUCUUCGGUGUCCCUCUGUCUGUCUUCAUCGGUGUCCCUCUGUCUUCGGUGUCCCACCCUCUGUCUUCGGUGUCCUUCUGUCUCCGGUGUCACUCUGUCUUCGGUGUCCCUCUGCUUUCGGUGUCCUUCUGUCUUCGGUGUCCCUCUGUCUUCGGUGUCCCUCUGCCCUCGGUGUCGCUCUGUACUCGGUGCCCCUCUGUCUUCGGUGCCCCUCUGGCUUCGGUGCCACUCUGUCUUCGGUGUCCCUCUGUCUCCGGUGUCUCUCUCUCUGUCCUCGGUGUCCCUGGCUCUGUCCCCGGUGUCCCUCUGCCUUCGGUGUCUCUCUGUCGUUGGUGUCCCUCUGUCUCCGCGUCGUCUCUCUGGCUGUCUCUAGGAAGCGUGUCGGGCUGUGGGGCUCUGCUGCUGCUCUCUCUUUGGGGUCGGUCUUCUUCUCCUCUCCUCCUGAUGGUGGCACAGGACUCGGGUCGCCUUUUUCUUCUGCUUAGUUAUUGUUGCUUCUUUCAUGCUCAAAAACCACGAGUCUCCUGCCCCUCUAGGUUCCUCGAGCGCAGCACAGACGAGCAGGCUUGGCAAAUUGCACAGCUUCGUGAAGAUCUUUCCGAGCCUGCGGAGGCUGACUAG